CGCUGCCAGUCCGAGAGUCGCGGCUGAGAGAGCGGGUGCGAGAGCGUCUCCGUCUCCUUUGGAUCGACGGCGAUCGGGGAUCGGGAGCCGCUGUCCCAGACCGAGUCACGAGCAGUGCCCACGUGGGGCCCCGAUGCCAGUGUCGGCCAGCACCCUGAUGGAGCUGAAGGUGUGGGUGGAGGGUGUACAGAGAGUGGUGUGCGGGGUGACCGAGGACACCAACUGCCAGCAAGUCGUGAUCGCUCUGGCACAGGCCAUAGGUCAGACAGGCCGUUAUGUGCUGAUUCAGAGUUUCCAGGGCAGCGAGCGCCAGCUGAUGCCAACCGAGUGUCCUGUCCAGCUGCUGACCGCAUGUGGCCAGUCUGCCCGCGACAUCCAGUUCAUCCUGCGCCGUACUGGCCACACCGCCCCGGAGAACCCCAGCCCAGGACUUGCCCACAGCCGGCCCAAGAAGUCCCUGACCUUCACCGGUGGGGCGCCCGACCGCUCCCAGCGGGAGAAGUGGAAGUCGCGGGGGGCCGAAGCGGGCCCCCCCGCCAAGGAGGACCUGGUCCAGCUGAUCCAGCGACAGCAGAGGCAGCUGAGGGAGCUUGCGGAGAGGCACGGCGCCUGCUUGGCGGAGACGGCGAGCAGGAGGCAGCCCAGAGAGUCGGAGGAGGGAGCGGCAAGGAGGACUGAGGAGGGGGAUGAGGAGGAGGAGGAGGGCUACUGGGAGCGGGAACUGCAGGCAGAGCGGUGGAGGGAGAGGGAGCUCCUGAGCCGCUUGGAGGAACUGAAGGGGAACAUGCAAGAGGUGGCGGAGAGUCUGCUGGGGAUGGGCCACCGAGCGCAGCUGCUAGGCCGGGAGAUCAAGCAGGAGGGCGAGAGAGCGAGGGCGGCGCAGCUGGCCGACCAAAACAGCACCAGGGUGGCCAUCGGCCGCGUGCGAGCCGACAUCCAGGGUGUCGACGAGGAGAACCAGCAGCUGCAGAGGUCCCUGCUCAUGGUGGAACAAGCGUUACAGGAGGCCGAGCUCAGGCUGCAGGCCAAAGGGCUGGAGUUGGAGGAGCUGAACAAGGAGCUGAGACAGUGCAACCUACAGCACUUCAUCCAACAAACGGGCAGUGGUGGGGGCCACGGCCGCACUGAGGAGGGACUGCCUGCCCAGGGACCCUGCCCACCCUCCAGUCCUGGAGAACUGGACUCCACGGCCCGAACCACAUCCAGGCACUUCCUGGGAAACCCGCGGAAUCUGCAGAACCCCGUGGUGUCGAGCCUGAACCCGGAGGGGGUGUUCGUUUGAGGUGUCCUGUGUGUGGAUGGUGACUCCAGAUCCCCACCCAGGGGGCUGGUUUGUGCCGUGGGACAGACUGCAGACAGGGGGAGCAGUGUCCACCACCCAGUCUCUUAAAACUGAUAAAGACUUGCUUUAUUUGUCGAGUGCAUAUCGACACAUCUAGUGAAAUGGGUCGCUUGCACCAAUGACCAACGCGGUCCGAGGAUGUGCUGGGGGCAGCCCGCAAGUAUCACACACUUCUGACGCCGACGUACCGUGUCCACAACUUACUAACCCUAACGUGUACGUCUUUGGGAGGCAACCAGAGCACCAAGAGGAAACCCACACAGUCAUGUGGAGAAGAGGCACUGCCAGGGAUUGAACUCCGUUUAGUCGUUACUGGCACUGAAAAGCAUUACGCUAACCACUUCAUUACCGUGCUGCUUGAGACGAGGCCUUUCAAUCCAUGAGGCUGUUCCUCCCACGCAAUAAAAUUAACACUGGACUGACCCCCUGCAUCUCUCCAACAGGUUCAACACCACCCAGCCUUCCAUCUACUGCGGGGAAUAGAUCUACUGUUGUCUCCCUGUGUCUCUCCAACAGGUUCAACACCACCCAGCCUUGCAUCUACCAUGGGGUGACUAAUGAUCAUUCAUGCAGAGAAUUGAGUGGGUCUCCCUUCCCCACCUCUGUUCUCCAAUUCCGGACUCCCUAUGAGUCCUGAUGAAGGGUCUCUGCCCGAAAUGUCGACUGUUUAUUAAUUUCCAUGGAUGCUGCCUGACCUGCUGAGUUCCUCCAGCAUUUUCUGUCUGUUACUCUGGAUUUCCAGCAUUGGCGGAAUCUCUUGUGUUCUUGAAUUCAAUGUCAUUAGCCUGUUAUGGCCUGCCUCCCGGACCCUCGGGAGUGGGGAGUCACUCUGUACCUUAUUCAAUCCAGCUGUCUUCCUCCCCUACCCUCUCUCACCCCCCACUCUCUCUCCCUCCCCUCCCCCACUCUCUCUCCCCACCCUCUCUUGCCCCUCCCUCUCCCCCUCUCUCUUUCUCUCUCCCUCCCCACUCAUUUCCCCCUCUGCCAGUGGUGGGAAAAUCACCCAGUCUUGGAUUAUAAUGUUAACAAAGUUGUACAGAAACCCUUAACUAUAUUUGAAAGGGCAAAUUAUGAGAAUAAACUCUAUUUCUAUGUGAAUAAUUUAAAUUUCUUGUCUGAGUAAGGAUUUUACAGAGUUGUUCUGUUUCUGAGUUUGCCCACUGGAGAGUUAAAUACGGAACUUUUGAGGUUAUAAUCUCGGUUCAGGUUCAUAAUGACUACACGCCAAUCCUGGAUGGAACUGCGGGAGAGAUGUUAGAUUCCGUGUCAUUUCCAGUACACCAGUGUAAAGGAGGACAAAGUGAUUGUUACUCUGGAUCCGAUACAGCACAAACAAACACAAUAAGAUAAAGAGCACAAUAAAUAUAAAUACAUGCGAUAGUUUAUAUACCUAGAUUGAUUAGCCGUCUGUCUCCCUCAGGAAUGUAGUGUAUAAAAGGUCAUGACUGGCUCCGAUCUUUCUGAUUUAAAGUAUUUAAUGUUCAAAAAUAA